AUGAAUCAGUAUUGGCAGAUGAUUUGGAGUCCAUGCCUUCAAACCCUCGAGGGACAUAGCGAAAGAAUCGUAUCAAUCACCUGGUCGCAGGAUGGACGCCUCGCAUCUGGGUCUGGGGAUCAUACUAUUAGAAUCUGGGACCCAGCCACUGGUCAGUGCACAUCAACGCUCGAGGGGCAUAGUGGUGAAGUCACGUCAAUCACCUGGUCGCAGGAUGGACGACUCGCAUCUGGGUCUAGGGAUAAGAUUAUUAGGAUCUGGGACCCGGCAACUGGCCAGUGCAUAUUAACACUUAAGGGGCAUAGCGAUAUAGUCACGUCAAUCACCUGGUCACAAGAUGAACGACUCGCAUCCGGGUCUUAUGAUAAGACUAUUAAGGUCUGGGACCCAGCCACUGGCCAGUGCAUAUCAACGCUCGAGGGCCAUAGCGAUGAAGUCUCGUCAAUCACCUGGUCGCAGGAUGGACGACUCGCAUCUGGGUCUUGGGAUAAGACUAUUAGAAUCUGGGACCCGGCCACUGGCCAGUGCACAUCAGCGCUCAAGGCACAUAGUGAAUCCGUCCAGUCAAUUGCUUGGUCGCAGGAUGGACUACUCGCAUCUGGGUCUUGGGAUAAUACUAUCAGGAUCUGGGAACUAGCUACUGGCCAGUGCAUAUUAACACUUAAUGGGCAUAGUCGUGUAGUCUUGUCAAUCACCUGGUCGCAGGAUGGACGACUCGCAUCUGGGUCUUGGGAUAUGACGAUCAGAAUCUGGGACCUAGCUACUAGCCAGUGCACAUCAACGCUUGAGGAGCAUAGCAGUGCAGUCACGUCAAUCACCUGGUCGCAGGAUGGACGGCUCGCAUCUGGGUGUUGGGAUAAGACAAUCAGGGUCUGGGACCCAGCCACUGGCCAGUGCACAUUAAUGCUCGAGGGGCAUAGUGAGGGAGUUAUGUCAAUUAUCUGGUCGCAGGAUGAAAGACGACUCGCAUCUAGGUCAUAUGAUAAGACUAUUAGGAUCUGGGACCCAGCCACUGGCCAGUGCAUAUCAACCCUUGCUGUCAAUUAUCCUUGCGAUCUUCAAUUUGAUGAAACGAAUUUGAAUCAUCUGCAUACUGAUAUCGGCACAUUCAAUAUCGAAAAUUUUGUCUCUACCAAGACCUCUCAUGACAAUUCAGCUACAAAACCACAUCCAAUAGGAGCAUACAGGGUAUCUACCGCGAGCACCUACGGGCCAAACAACAAGCCCGCGAGCAUCCAAAUGACUUCGCACCCUACCUCAAUAAUUUGGAACGUCAACUCCUCACGGAUCCAGAAGCGCAUCGUGCUAUGGUCUACUUUGUCAGACUCCAACCUGAUCUCCAGCGGGAAAUGGAAUUGUGUCGACGAACGCUGCCUUCCAGGCGCGGUGAGAUGGUCGAGUACGCAUUUGAAUGCUGGGGCAGAAAUGAACUGGGAGCGAGCCAGAAGCGAAGAAGAGAGUCGACCCAAGAAGCGUCGUCGAUGGGGUCACAAGCGUCGGCAGGGAAAUAAGCGAAAUUAG